UUCCAUUUUUAUUAAUUCAAUUACUGAAGUUAAGUCAGUCCAUUUAGAUAUUUUUUUUUCCAAGCAGGGUCACGAGGGAGCACGCACCGACAUUCUCUCUCAGGUUUCUAGCUUGCAAAAGUUUUCCCAUGCAAGCAAAGUCACAUCCCACAGCAGAGGAGAGGCGUGUUCACACCAGCGCUCAUGUCAGGUGGACGAGGGGUGGGGUGGAGCCUUGUUACCUGUGCGGAGCAGGUAACCAGCACACAGGGGAAAGAGUGCACCUGUUCCCGUUCCCAGGGCUGCCUUCCUUUACCGGACGAGCCACCACGGGCAGCUCAUCAUGGAUGCCAAGGAGGCCGGCGGCGCGGAGAAGAACAAGGAGAAGGUGAUCAAGCGCAGGAACCGACCGGUGUUCCUGCGCUACCUGGAGAGGAGGAAGACGGACAGCAUCGUGGCCGACGAGACCUGCAAAGGUGACAUCAACCUGGGGACGCUGGUGAGGCGCAGUCAGUCUGACAAGACGGAGUACAGCGCUAAACUUAAAGAAAAAAUGACACCGCACGACUUGUCCAGCCCUGCUUCACCAGCACUAGACCCAGAGGAGGUUCGUUCGAGAAAAAUGAACCGCAGAUCAAAAGUCAUCCAAGAGCUGAUGCAGACUGAAAAAGACUACCUCACUGACCUGGAGUUGUGCACCCGAGAGGUGGUGCAGCCCCUGAGAAACAUACAGGUAAUCGAUGUGGAUCGUCUGUUCACCAACAUGGAGACGGUGUGCGGGGUAUCAGCUGCGCUCCUCAACAGACUCGAGGAAGCCAUGUCUGACUCAGAUCCUGAGGCGGUCAUUAUAGGAGAGGUAUUCAUCCAAGCAAAGGCAGCUUUAGAGGACGUUUACAAGAUUUACUGUUACCAUCACGAUGAUGCCAACAUGGUGCUGGAAUCCUACGAAAAAGAGGAAGGAAUAAAGCAACAUUUCACCACGUGUGUAUUAGCAAUGAAGAAACUCUAUGACCAAGAAGGGAAGCCCCACCUGCUGGACAUGGGCUCGCUCCUCAUCAAGCCAGUCCAGAGGAUCAUGAAGUACCCGCUGCUGCUUGGCGAGCUGUGGCAGGCCACGCCCGAAGACCAUCCCGAUUCCCGGCCGCUGCAGGAGGCCUUCACCGCUACAAAGAUCAUCAACAUCAACAUCAAUGAGUUCAAGAGACGCAAGGACAUCGUGAUGAAGUACAAAAACUCGGAGGAUGAAGGAACUCUGCGGAAACUUCACAAGUUCAACAUCCACUCCAUUCGGAAGAAAGGCGACAGGUUUGCUGGGUACCUGAAGAUCCUCACUGGAGUUGAACCACAGGUGAGGGAUGAAGUGUUUGACAGAGAGGAGAAGCUGUUCAGGAGCCUGGAAAAAGCUGUCAGGCAGCUGGUUAAGAAUGUCCAAAGUUACUUGCAGUACACUCAGGAAAUGGUAUCCGUCGCCGUUAACAAUGUCCAUGGAAUGGAGAGGAUAAUCAAGGAGUCAAACGGCUCAUCGCACAAAAACAGUGACAAUCCCUAUGAGCACUAUAAAGACAACAUGGAGCGUCUGGUCCUCGCCCCGCUCACAUCUCUUCAGGGCAUGUUCACUGCGCCUCAAAAGCUCAUCCAGAAACGUUACGACAAACUGCUGGAUUACUGCAGCCGGCUGGAGCGCUCGUCGUUCUCCCCCUCAUCCUCGUCAUCGUCAACCUCUUCCUCCACCCCGUGCCUGGUAUCGGUUGACCCGCCCGGUCCUGCCAGGAGGGACUACGAGGCUCUCAACGCAUUACUCGUGGAGGAGUUGCAGCGGUUCAACGUGGCUUCCUAUGCCAUCCUCACCAACUGUGCAGUUUAUGUUGUGGCUUUGCUCCGAGGCCUGAUGGAGGAAAUAUUGUUGGGAGUUCCCUCCGUGCAGCAAUUACCGGCUCCGUUGUCUAACAUCGCUGAGGUGCAGAACAGCAUCAUGGAUGAGCUGAAUAAUCUGGCAUUUGUCAAGGAGAAUGCACAGAAACUAAUGGAGCGGAAAGUCAGCUUCGAGAGGCAACGGGACAAGAAAAUAGCGACGCCGGAGGUGGAACAUCAGACAGAAGAGCAACGUGCCCGACUGUUGGCCGAAUUUCCCCCAAGUCGUCUUUACCAGCUCAAGAGGAAGUGCAACGGCUGCCAGAAGGAGGACCUCAGCCUGCUGGAGGGGGAACUGGUGGCCUUGCUGGAGGACACAGACCCAUUGGGCAGCAGCAGCCGCUGGCUGGUUCAUACCGGAGGUGAGCAGGGUUACGUGUACUCCACGUUCUUGAAGCAGUACAACCCUCUGAGGGACUCGCAGAGGGGAGGCCAGCUGGCUAAACAGCAGCAACAACAACAGCAGCAGCAGCUGCCGCCCGCAAUGGCCGACGAGGACUUUGACGACCUGAGACUUUUCGUUUCGGGCAGUGGGAGCAGCAGCCUGAGAAGCUUCAGCAUCAACACCACAGACAGCGGCUCCAACCUUUCAGGCCCUCAGGGCGAACUGGACACACCGGACGACCAGGAGGCUGCAUUUGACAGCGACGCUCAGCAGUACUACGCUGUAUAUGCAUUUCAAGCCCGUUGUGACCAGGAGCUAACGUUGCAGGAGUACCAGCAUGUCCGCAUUUUGCAGUUCAACGACCUGGGCGGGAAUAAGGAAUGGUGGCUGGCGGAGGUUGAUGGCCAGCGGGGAUACGUCCCGGCCAACUACCUUGGCAGGAUGUCCUAUGCAUAAAACAAAACAAAAAUCUCCUGAUUUCAAACCAACCUGUGAUGUUUCAAACUAGACUUAUUGUUUCACUGACCGUUUCAACUGAAUGUCAACCACUUUGUCCUUUGUGGAACCAAACUGUGGAUCUUGUCAUAUUGAGAGGGUGACCUACUGAAGAACAUGCGAUUUAAAAAAAUGUUAUAAUUCAAGCUGCUGUGCUGAGCACUUUUACUGUUUGUAUGACAGUGUUGAGUUUCAAAGUCGUAUCUGUGAAGUCAAAUUUUAUAUGAACGUAUUUUUGGAUGAAGUAAAGCUUGUACGUGAAAUAAUUUAUCAGAUAAA